UACCAGCCAGUGACGUCAGCGCGGUUCCCAGCCCUCCACUGGGAGGGCACGCCAAAGUCUCGAGUCCCAGCCUCCUGGCACCACUCUCAGGCCGUGAGACCUGUCUGUCCUGGGGAGCGGUUGACUCCGGCCCCCGUUAGCCCCCAGGCUGCGCGGUCCCUCCACCCCACUGUGUGUCCACAUUCCCUGGCCUCUAAAGUAGAAAUGAUCCAACCACCCCUGGGGUUACGGAGAGCCAGAGGGGGUGUGCAUGGGGGCACCGAGAAUUUAGAAGACGCUGAGUAAACGCUGGCUGGGAUUCUGUGACUAGUGAGAACAGACAGGUGAAUGUGCACCGAGUCCCCAAAGUGCCAGGCACGUUCCCACAUCCCCUGCACCGUUUCUGUCCCAGGCAGGAUGGUACAGUGUUGAGAGAGUAGACUCUGGAGCCAGGUGGCCUGGCUUCAAGCCCGCACCCCGCCACUUGCCUGCCACGGGACCGUGUGUGAGUUACCAGACUUCUUGGUGCCUCGAGGUCCUCACCUGUGAGAUGGGGGUGAUGAUCACCACUGCACAGGGCGGCCGUGGGGGUUCAGCGAGUUAAAUGUGUAUGACGUCCCAGUCAGGCCACCUGGCACAUGUGUGGUGAUGGUCAACCCUUUAGUGGGUUCCAGUGUUCUUGCCCUGGAGGUGUGAGCUGAGUGAGUUGCCCCAGGUCUUAGCUGGUUCAGGCAGACUUGAGGUCCCAUGUCUCCCAGGUGCUCCCAUAGCCCUGCCCUUGGGGACAGAGCCCAAGCCUAUUUCCUCUCCCCAGCCACCUGCCGGGCCCCCAGGAUGUUCUUGGUUGCUGGCCAGGUGGACAUCACCAGGAGAAGACCAGCCAGUUCGUGCUGUGGCCUCCUGGUGUCAUCUGGGGAGAACAUGUCCAGGCCCCCUGAGUGCCUGCUGCGGCUGCGCCGGGGAGCCCCGAGGCAGCGCAUCUGCACCCUGUUCAUCAUCAGCUUCAAGUUCACGUUUUUCGUCUCCAUCAUGAUCUACUGGCACAUUGCGGGAGAGCCCAGGGGCCAAAGAGAGUUCUCUAACUUGCCUGCCGACGUCCCCUGCCCCCGACUGGGGUCCCCUACGCUGCUUUCCAGCACCCCGCCUCCAGGCAACAUCUUCUUCCUGGAGACAUCAGACCGGACCAACCCCAACUUCCUAUUCAUGUGCUCGGUGGAGUCGGCCGCCAGGGCCCACCCGGAGUCCCGGGUGGUGGUCCUGAUGAAGGGGCUGCCCGGCGGGAACGCCUCCCUGCCUCGGCACCUGGGCCUCUCGCUCCUGGGCUGCUUCCCCAACGUCCACCUGCUCCCGCUUGACCUGGACGAGCUGUUCCGGGACACGCCACUGGCGGCCUGGUACGCGGCCCGGCAGCGCCGCUGGGAGCCCUACCUGCUGCCCGUGCUCUCCGACGCCUCCCGGAUCGCGCUCCUGUGGAAGUUUGGUGGCAUCUACCUGGACACGGACUUCAUCGUCCUCAAGAACCUGCAGAAUCUGACCAACACGCUGGGCACUCAGUCCCGCUAUGUCCUCAACGGUGCCUUCCUGGCCUUCGAGCGCCACCACGAGUUCAUGGCGCUGUGCAUGCACGACUUCGUGGCCCACUACAACGGCUGGAUCUGGGGCCACCAGGGCCCGCAGCUGCUCACGCGGGUCUUCAAGAAGUGGUGCUCCAUCCGCAGCCUGGACGAGAGUCACGCCUGCCGCGGCGUCACCGCCCUGCCCUGCGAGGCCUUCUACCCUAUCCCCUGGCAGGACUGGAAGAAGUACUUCCAGGAGGUCAGCCCCGAGGAGCUGCACCGGCUGCUCAAGGCCACCUACGCUGUCCACGUGUGGAACAAGAAGAGCCAGGGCACGCGCCUUGAAGCCACGUCCCGGGCGCUGCUGGCCCAGCUCCAUGCCCGCUACUGCCCCACGACGCAUGAGGCCAUGAAGAUGUACUUGUGAGGGGCCCGCUGGGCCACCCUCCCUGCACCACCAGGCGCCCUGACGGAGAAGGGCUCCUGGCCACCUUUCCUGGUGGGGGCGAGACGGGAGGGCCCGGGAGAGGGAGGCUGGAGUUGCCGCAGCCUAGGAUUCGGGCAGGCUCGGGGGAGGGUGGGGAGCUGUUGGUCCCAGAGGUGUGCCUGGAGGAUGCGCUGCAGGCCCCCGGAUCCGCUCCCUUCAGGGUGAGGCUGGUGGGACACCCCCGGGCCAGUGUGCUUUCUCAGGGUGAAGGCAACAAGUGGGGGGGUUGGGGGGCCCCAGCCAGAAUCGGCUGGAGUAAGCCAGGGGAGCCUCUGGGUCUUCUGGACAACACACCAGAGCCGUGCACGUCAAAGCGGCUUCCGGGAUGUCACAGGGAGGCCAGGCUGGUGGGGGCCCGAGGUGCCCACAAAGAGAACAUGGAUGGAGAAGCCCCAGAACAGGGGUAGGAAGGAGAGGGGAGCUCCUGAGGAAAGGGGGGAGGCAGCAGGGGUGCACACCCAGCCUCGUGAGCCUGGGUUGGGGGGGCAGAGUGCUUUGCUCUUCUCUGCCUUUGGUUUCUUCUUCGGAGGAGCCGGCCUGGGGAGCCCUUUGGGGGAGGCUUGCCUGCUCACCCCAUUCUCUCUCCUUUCCAGAGAUGUUGCAGGGGUGCCAUGCGCCAGCCGGCCACUCCAGGGCAUGGCAGCAUGGAGUUCUUUUGGCUCAGGAAAAGCAUUUUAAGAAAACCACCCCCCACGCUGCCCACAAUAAACACGGGAUAAUAAACAUAAUAAAAACAA